UUCUUAAAAAAACCAAAAGUAAAAAUAAAAAAUAAAGAACCCUAAGAGCAACAAUAAAAAAAAAAAGAGACAAAACCAGAUCUUAAUCUGUACCCACGAACUCGUUUCGUGAGAGGAUCAAAGGGUCUUCACCAAAUCUCUGUCUUGUUCGGUGUUCCUGCAGAUUUCUGUGAAAAUCAAAGAGGAAAAUGGAUCAGCAAGGCCAUGGACAGUCCUCAGGCAUGAACUAUGGAUCAAACCCUUACCAAACCAACCCUAUGACGGCAGCCGCAGCCGCUGCCGCUAUGGCCACGGGCCAGUUGGCGUACCACCAGACCCAGCAGCAGCAGCAGCAGCAACAGCUGGCUCAGCAGCUCCAAGCCUUUUGGGAGAACCAAUACAAAGACAUUGAGAAAACCACUGAUUUCAAGAACCACAGUUUGCCGCUGGCAAGAAUCAAGAAGAUCAUGAAGGCCGACGAGGACGUACGCAUGAUCUCGGCCGAGGCCCCUGUGGUGUUCGCGAGGGCCUGCGAGAUGUUCAUCCUCGAGCUCACCCUCAGGUCGUGGAACCACACGGAAGAGAACAAGAGGCGGACGCUGCAGAAGAAUGAUAUUGCCGCUGCUGUGACGAGAACCGAUAUCUUCGAUUUCUUGGUGGAUAUUGUUCCACGCGAGGAUCUUCGGGAUGAGGUCUUGGGGACUAUCCCGAGGGGGACGAUUCCCGAGGCUGCAGCUGCUGGUUACCCUUACGGGUACUUGCCUGCAGCCACUGCUCCAAUCGGGAACCCGGGUAUGGUGAUGGGUAACCCGAGCGCUUACCCGUCUAACCCGUAUAUGGCUCAACCAAUGUGGCAACAGCAGGGACAUGAGCAACAGGAAACUCCGGAGAAUUAGCUUUCGCCUAAGAAACUGGAUUCCAGAAGAGGAGCUUUCGGGUUGGAAUCUCUUUUCCUUGGAUCCAGACAUGUUACAAGAAAGAAGGAUCAAACAUAAUGUAAAUACAACUUCUGACAUCGGUUCUUUGGAGACCGAUGUGUGUAGUAGUAGAAGAAACCUAAGCUUUGGCAAAGUAAGAAAAAUGUUUGCUUGACAGCUCUUUGUUUCUUGGUUUCCUGUUACCGCCUCUCUUUUAUCCUGUUAGAUAUGCCUUCAAUCCAAACUGGUCCUUUUAUC